AUGAUGUCGAGUGGAGUCAGAUAUUCUGAAAGGAAUGAUCCUAAUUGUUCCGAUACAUUUAACCAAAAAAUACCAGAAUGCGAACCACUGCCAGAUUACCAUUUUUUCUGUCAACUUGCCCAUGGAAGCCCUACCGGGAUUAUACAUGGUUUUACUACAGUCCGUCAGCUCCACACGAAAAUAUCGGAGUGUUUUGAUAUAAAUCCAUCUCAGAUCAUGUAUUGCACACGUAAUACACAUAAAUUAGAUAUGGAUAAAUUAUUAAGUUAUGAAAUUGGUUUAAAUGAUUUUUUAUUUGCACAUAUUAAAGGACAACCAAAAGAGAUUAAAAUACGUAAAACAAGUGAAUCAUUUGGUUUAACAUUAACAGAUAAUGGUUGUGGUGUAGUCAUUAUAAAACGUAUUAAACCUGGAGGUUUUAUGGAUAAAGUAUCUAAAGCAUGUAAUGGUUUAAUACAACCUGGUGAUCAAAUUGAAAAAAUCGAUGAUAUUUCAUUUAAUGGUCGACGUCAUUAUCAUGUAGCAUCUUAUUUACAAAGUAUUCCUAUAACAAAUGUAUUUUGUCUACGAUUAAUUUCACCAGAACGUUGUCCUAUGUAUAUGAUAAGUUCACGUUCAAAAGGUAAAAAUAGUCAUAUUGGAUCAGGCAAACGAACUAUUCGUUUUAAACAAGAUGGAAAUUUAGAAGAAAAUGAGAUUGUAGAUGUUGAAAUUGAAGGAAUUCAAAGAAUUAAUGAAAUACUUGGUGAUAGUCUUGGUUUUGAAGAUAAUGAGCUUGCAUUCUAUCUAUAUAAAUUAGCUAAAUCCUCAUUAAAUCCAAAUGAUUUAGAACACCAUAUGAAUAGAAAUAAUAAAUUAUUUGAAUUUAUAUUACCUAAAACAUUAAUUCAUUUAUUAUGGAAAACAGCUCAUUUCAAUGAAUCUAAUUCAAUGAAUCAUACUAAAUAUAAUGAUCAUUAUCAUUGA